UUUAUCGCACGGGACAAAAGUCGAAGUAUUUUUAAGGCGAAAAAAUUAGUCCUUAAUGAAUUUUCGUGCCGAUGUAAAGGCGGUAUGCAGGACAUACUAGUCAGCGAUAAGUCGGUUAGAAAACCAUGCUUCUGCAAGUUUCGGGCAAGAAAAAAUUUGCAAAAGGGAGCAGCCACGGCGUGUUUACAAAAGUCGGACUGCAAAAUGCAUCUCGAGUCAGCCAUUGACUGGAAAGAACAGUGUGCUCCAAAACAUAAACUAGGCGAGAGAAAUCUCAACGCUAUCGAAGAGUUUCGCAAUUCCUUUGUACGCAGUUUGGUUUACAUUCAUAGAAUGUUAGUUCUUUGUGCCUUUAAACGAUUUAGAGGGAGUCAGAUUCGAGAAAUGAGAUCUUGUUCUUUUCUCGAACGCAACAGCGAACGCAAAGAUCUUUCUGCAAGGGUUACCUCACCCAGCUCGCUAUUCUGCAUGACAUAAUUUCACUGUGUACUAAGCUAACCAAUCACCUGUCAGAAAACAUCAACCUUGUCAAAGACCAGCCAAUCACAGUGUUGAUUAGAUUUAAAUUGACCAAUCACAGUCGAUGACUGGUACCAGUUUGAUCACGGACACUAAACGAAUUGCUCAAUGAUUUUGAGUCACGGUCCAGUGACCAGGCCUACGUUAUCCGCAAAGUAUCUUUGGUUUUGCAGCGGAAAAAUCAGCGUCUUUUAUGAAAAUUUACAAAAUUAAAAAAUUGACGUGAAACUUCGGAUUUAUUUUUGAUAAAUGAUUGCAACGUGGAGUCGUCAAAGAGUAGCAGAAAAAGACGAUUAAAUUCGCGUAAUGAGGAGCUAUUGUGUGCUAAUAGUUCUUUUCCUUUACAACCUCAACCUUGCAAGGACAGGACGACUUACAAAAGAGGAAGAUGGAUUUCACAGAUUGUUGAGAAGGUCCGCAACCUCGGUUGAGUUUGACCGGCCUCUUAUUCGAGAAGAACGUGAUGUCGAAGAAGACUUCGAAAACGAAGAGGAUGAUUCUGUGACAAGAAAUCGCAGAUCAAAUGAAGAUAAGUUUUAUCAAACGUUGCUCUCAAGAACAGAAUCAAGACAGCAAGAUAAACGAUCUUACGACACCGAUGACACGGACAAUAAAGCAGGCUUUAUUAUCCGUGAAGAUUGGACAGGGGAUUCCAAAAUAUCAGAUGCUGACAGGCAAGAGCUUGAAAAUCUGUUUAGCACUUUGAAUCCCGCUGAGAACGAAGAAGUGAAAGACGAGCAUGUUCGUGACGUCAAGAUUGAAGACGAACCUGAGUCUGUUCACGGCGUUGCCAAAGAUUACACCAAAUGGCUGAUGUCACAAAAGACUUCAAAAUUCACAAAAUCCUUAGGCCACAAAAUUGAGGUAGACCAUCAACUCAGCAAGCUAUUUUACAAAAGCUCGCUUCCAGCAGUUGCUGCUGCCAAAAAGCCAGUAAAAAUUAAAAAACAUCUGGCCAAGAAAGCAAAAAAGCCGUUGAAAAAACAAGCUGCCAAGACAGGAAAGGCCAAAACAAGAAGCAACAUUGCAGCUGCCAUUUCUAAUCUGCCUUCCUUGUGCAAUGAUAACAGCAAAGAGUGUCUAUGCAGAAAGUCAUGUGCGCCUAGACCGGUUGCAUCAGCAUCACCAUGCAACUGUCAACUGGGCGCCGCUCCACCUGCCCCUGCUCCGGCUCCAGCUCCACCUCCAGCUCAAGCACAUGCCCCAGGCCCCAACAAGCAUAUAGCACCCCAAAGAGCUCCAUUUAUGGCUAACAGCCAUUCCCCCAAACCUUGCGGUAAAGAUGACGCAAAAUGUCUUUGUGCCAGAGCUUGCUACCCCAACCCCGUAGCAAAUACGAAUCCAUGUGACUGUGGAAUGCCUGCUCCUGAUCCCCCACCACCACCACCACCCCAACGUUUUGCCCCUCUUAAAGUGGCUGCUCCUAUUGUCAAGUCAAAGACCCCCAGCUGCCACAAGAACGAUGCCAAAUGUCUGUGUGCCAGAACUUGUCACCCACGACCAGUGGCAAAGACCAAUCCUUGUGACUGCGGCAUGCCUGCACCAGAACCGGUGCCAGCACCACCACCGCCACCUGCAGUUGCAAAGGCACCAGUCAAAUGUGCCAAAAAUGAUGCAAAGUGUCUUUGUGCCAAAUCAUGCCACCCACGACCAGUGGCAAGUGCUAGCCCAUGUAACUGUGGAAUGCCACCCGCCCCUGCUCCAGCUCCUGCUCCACCCCCAGACCCUGCUCCAGCCCCAGAACCUGCCCCAGCCCCUGCUCCACCACCAGCAAAAGUCCAAGCUCCUUCAAACAAAGCUCCCUUCAAUUGCAAACAAAAUGAUGGAAAAUGCCUUUGUGCCAGGGCAUGUUACCCCCGUCCUGUUGCUAAAGCUAACCCUUGCAACUGUGGAAUGCCACCACCCCCUCCACCCCCUCCACCCCCUCCACCUGCUGACUCUGCUGAUCCCGCUCCACCUCCUGCUUCUAAUACAGAUACAAAAUCGUACACCCCGGCCGUCGCUUGGUGCGCCAAGGCCUGCAAACCUCGUCACGUGUUGUCAACAUCACCAUGUCAGUGCCACCCCGAUGAGCCAGUGUAUGCUGCCCCCAAGCAGCCAAAGGCUGUCCCCAAAGCUAGAGACAACACUGAGGUCCUUUGCCGGAAAAGUUGUCACCCAAGACCGGUUUUCAGCUCUAGCCCUUGCGAAUGUGGCUUGCCUGCACCGGGGGAUAACAGCCAUAUGUACCCUUUUGCUGCACCAAACCCAGUUGAGACAGCUCUGAACCUCCCAGCCGCCUCUGCGUACAGUAUUGGCACCAAGGAAGGAGCUGCUGCUGUGCAAGGUCCUGCUAGAUCCUCCGUUGCUAAGAAAGGUGCAGGGAAGAAGAAGCAAGCGAACGUCCAAUCAGCAGCCAGCAAACAACCGGCUGCUGAGGAAACAGAGGAUGAAUAUUUCAGCAGAUCCAAUGGACUGAAGUUGAGAUACUUAGAUACUUCAGCUAAGAAUUAUCAAGGCUGCUACAAAGACAAGAAACCAGGACGGGAUCUCUCUCGCAGAUUCACGCGUUACGCCAUGACUCCCGAGGUUUGCCUGCGGGAAUGCAAAUACCAAGGAUAUAAAUUCGCAGGAUUGCAGUACGCGUAUCUGUGCUUCUGCGGGAAUGCUUUUGGUCGCUAUGGCAAAGUCGAUGACGCGUAUUGUAAUUCAAGGUGCCUUGGAGACAAGACAAGGCCUUGCGGUGCUUUCUGGCACAAUUCUGUCUACUCCAUAGACGGAAGGGACUACGACCCAACAGAUUUCGACUUCCGCAAGGUCGAUGCAGAUGAGGCCAGGAAAGAUGCCAUUGCUCAGAAGCAGGGUUUUGACCCAAACAAUUUUUCAAGCACAACCAAAGCCAAAGUUGCAAACAAUCUCGUCAAAGCUGCCGAGGCUGCAUUGAAGGCUGCAAAGAAAUUACUACCAGAUUCUAAAAGCAACAUUUUCAAGAAGUCCAAAAAUGGCAAACAGAAGAGAGAUGACGAUGAAGAUGAAGAAUUAGAAGAGUUCAAGCUAUCAGCAUUAGCUUCCCUUGGAGCGGCAAAGAAACUCCUGAAAAAGACCACUGUGGUCAGUCCAGCCAAACACAAGGACAAAGAAAAGCGAUCAAUCGAAGUUGGCGACGAUGACUGGGUUGAUUUGGACAACGGAAAGGACCUCCUGGUUGCUUACCUUGGAGGCAUUGCUGACUACAGGAGACAGAUUCGCAGUGUUGAUAAUGAUGAUGAUGAUGACUUCGAGGCUGAUGAUGCGAAACCCAAAUUCGAAUACAAAAGAAUGGCACUCGGUGCCUCUGGAGACGGCGAGUUCAUAUCAAAAUAUGAAGAUGACGUCUUGAAAAAUGAUGACAAAUUCAAGAGGUCUGUGUCCGAGGGUGACGUCACUUCCAAUGAGCGUAAAGCACUUCUUCCGGUAAAGCUCACGAAACGCUCGACCGCUGCCGCCAAGAAGGCGCACAAGAGAGACCAAACAGCUACUGCAGCAGUUGCUAGAGCGCCACAGGAUAUGGAGAACGAAACUGUUCCAACAAACGGUACAUUACCAACGCCAAGCAAUACCACGGAACCAGAAAUGGAUCCUAAUGCCUCAAACGAGAGUAUCAUCGACGGACUUGCAAGACACAACACGCCAACAAACGUCACUGCAGCAAGUUCCAGUGCAAAAAACGAAACAGUAGCACCGAUCGCAAACAACUCGACUACAUCACAGAACAGCACAUCAGCAGACAACAAAUCACAGGGAAAAGAGAGUGACAAGAUUAACUCUGUCUCGGUCAAGUCUGAGAAAUCAUUUUCAAUUAGAAAAAGGAGGUCGCUAGAUGAAAACGAGGAUGAGUCUGAUGGUGCAAAAAAGAUGGCUGCAAGAGGAGAGAAUUCUGAUUUGCCUCCAGUUAAACGAUCAGUUAAGGAAGAUGAUAUGGAUUCAACUGAAAAUGAAUUCGCGAGGCUUUUGAAUGAGGAGACAGAAGCAGAAGAAAGCAGAGAUAAUCGCCUGAAAAGGUCAAGUCGAGGCGCAGAGGGUGAUGAUAUCGAGGAUGAUUAUAUUCCAACAAAUAUCGAAAAAGAGGCUGCGGUUGACAAGCGGUCUGUUGCAGCUCCACAAAAAGACCACGCACAGUUGAGAGAUCACGUGGAAAAGGGCGUUGAAAAAUUGAUGCAUCUCGUGAUUAACUUGUACAAGGAGCAGGCGACAAUCAAAGGGUUUGAAGAUUCAGUACGGUCGCUGAAAAGUGACAUUGCGAAGGAACUAGCCUCUUCACCAAACAAGAAGGAUGACACCAUGAAGGAGCUCAGAAGCGAGAUUCAGAAAACAGCUGCCAAGAAAUUGGAAGAACUUACAACAUCAAUACGCAGCGAAAUCACAGAUUACGCGAAAUCCCACCCGGAAGUAGCGAAAAAGGCUGCAACAGCCGUACAAUCGAUCCCAGAUCUCCCGAUCAGCGACACUCAAUUUGCUAGAUCGAGGCGCGAAAUCGAAAAGAGAUCUGCAGAGCUUGAUGACGUCAUAGAAGACCAAUUCGAUGCUCAUAGUGUCCCAGAAUUAUUAAAACAACACUUUAAGCGAAACGCGGAAGAAACAGAGUUCAAAGGAGAGAGGGUCCUUUCCAGGAAUCAUAGAAACGUUCCUGAAGAUGAAAUGUUGGACGAGGAGCUAAAAGAGAUUGUUGAAUCAUAGAUAGUCAGUGAUGAGAAACUCCCUUUUUCCAAGAAUUUGGAAGUAUCUCUUUCCAAGAAAUUGAACCCGGAAGCAAUCAACUACCAAACUGUUGUUUAUUCAUCAUAUCCAGGAACUUGGAGUUAGGAGUCUGGGGAAAUAGAAUGCUUUCAUUUAGAAGAACUGAACAAACUUCUUGCGAAGGUAAGAUUUAGUUAUAUAACAGUUUUGCAAGUGGAAGGAAAAACCUUUGUGGUGCUUCGUCAGGAAGCCAUUGUAUCUUUGUGCCUUACGAAGCCAAUCCAGAUUUUAGAAAGUCAUGUUCUAUUUAAAUAUUCAUUAUUUGCUAGACUUUUAUCGAACCUACAACUUGAAAGGGUCUCCCUUUGCUGAAGAAUUUAUUUGGGCUUGCUCGACUUUUCAGUCGUCUUGAAUUAAACUGGACUAGCAACUUAUCGUGACCUUUGACCUAAACUUCUUCUUUUUCUAAAAACCUAAAAUUAGAACCAAACAGGAGUAUGUUAUCACUCAAAAAUUUCACCCCUCAUGAUAUUAUAUUUGAAAGAAUCCCAAAUCCCAUAUGGUCCUCAUCAGAUUAAAUUUCUUUCCGCCAAGCUCCCUAAAAUCAAUGAACUUAAUCCGAUAAAAUUCAGCUCGCAAGUUACAUCAAAUCCACUAGCCUCGUCUGCAGAAUACUGUUCAAAGGCAAAACAGAACCUUAGACCUCCAAUAACCUAUGACCAAUCCUGAACUAUGACCUUUCUUGACCUUUGACUUAAAACACGUGACUUUGAUCAGCCAUUGCAAACGUAUAUUUUCCGUACCAUCCAAGUUGAAUACUGCUUAAAGUGAUAUAUUAUACAAAUAAUAUAAUUUUCGUAGCCAGAAAUGAAGUUUGUCAUGUUAAUAUUGGCAUAUCACUUAAAAUCGUCUUCAAGUUCAAACAAAAUCACAAAUAUUCUUAAACCAUAUUAAAAUAACGAAUUUUGUAUAGUUUUAAAUGAUUCAAAUUUGUAAUUAGUUGCUAAUUUCCUAACAUUUUUAAAACAUGAAGACUAAAAAGCCAAAA